UCCCCGACCUCCCUCGAAGGGACAUUGCGUAAGACCAGCCGUCAUCUCUCUGAUUUUCUAGCUUUCAAGGGAUGGUUUCGUCCCUGCUUAUCAGUCGACAAAAAUUGUGUAACUUUCAGAAUUGACGUGUUGGAAGAUGUACACAAGAACUUCUGCUUCCCGCAGCUGCACACGGCUGGUGACUUACGCGAUAUCCUGGGUGUCGUCUUUAACUCCACAGCUUCAGGCGGACCGAGUCGAUCGAGAAAGCGGAUGAUCCGUCUGCCAUGCUUCUUAGCGUUUCAUGUUGCUUGCUGAAUGUGUCAUCCUCUGGUGCAUCGUUGCAUGGCUUCUCAGAGUUACCAUCACACGCAGGCACGCGGUGGAUGCAUGGAAGGUGAGGCUCGGUCUCAUUCUAUACAGCCAAGAGUCGUGUGAGUACAUGUGUACCGUCAUGCCAGAUCUCAGAUGCUCGACGCACGGCGGUUCAAAACUGACAGAACCCCAAAUGAUCCAAGCGCUUGCGUGGAACGCCUUAGGAAAGACGCCCCUGCAAGUUGCAACAUUGUCCGGGAUUCAAAGGAACCGACAACGCUAAACACCCUGCAG